AUGUGAAGUGAAAUAGAAUAUGCAGUUAGAACCACAAAUAUGCAUAAAGCAACAGGUCCAGAUGAAAUUAAUAUAGAAGCAAUAAAACUACUAGACGAGGAGAAUAUCGAAAUCUUGGUAAGGCUGUUCAAUAGAAUUUAUGAUACUGGUUACAUUCCGCGAGAAUGGCUGCAGUCAUCCUUUGUGAUGAUCCCAAAAACAGCUAAUGCCACAAAAUGCAGUGAACACCGCUUAAUCAGUUUAAUGAGUCAUUUGCUGAAACUCUUCCUUAGGAUAUUACACUCAAGAACUUACAAGAUACUAGAAGAACUUAGCGGGUCAACACAAUUCGGUUUUAAGGGAGGACUAGGAACCAGAAAGGCAAUUCUAUGUUUGAACACCUUCAUGCAAAACUGCUUAGAUCAACGAAAAGAUGUCUACCUCACCUUCAUCGACUACGAGAAGGCAAUUGACAAUGUUACAUAUGAUAUCAUGAUGGAACUACUACAUAGGGCCAACAUAGACCAGAAGGAGAUCAGAAAUAUUUAA